GUUAUUCUUGAAUCGGUUUAAUGACCUUGAGGCGCACAAGCACAUACGUCUGUUGGAUUUGCUCUUUAUAACUACUGUUGGGUAGUUUGUGUCUUCGGAAUGUCAGAUCCGUUCUAUGUUGAAGGGGAUCUGGAAGAUUUUGAGGAAGAUGAUCCUGAACGUCAGUUUUACGGAGAUGAACAAGGCAAUGAAGAUGAUGAAAUCACACCAGAUAUGUGGCAGGAAGCUUGUUGGAUUGUUAUAAGCAGUUAUUUUGAUGAAAAAGGCUUAGUCAGACAACAGUUGGACUCUUUCGAUGAAUUCAUCCAGACAUCCAUUCAGAAGAUUGUUGAAGAUUCCCCUAUUAUUGAGUUACAAGCAGAAGCUCAGCAUAGCGGUGGAAUUUUAGAAACUCCCGUUCAAUAUCGUCUAAAAUUUGAACAAAUCUAUUUGAGUAAAGCUACUCACUGGGAAAAAGAUGGCUCAUCCGUGCCUAUGACACCCAAUGAUGCAAGACUAAGAAACUUGACUUAUGCAGCGCCACUUUACGUUGAUGUAAUGAAAAAAACUAUCCGUGAUGAAAUUGAAGAAGAAAAGCCAUUAGAGAAGAAGUUUAUAGGCAAAAUUCCAAUUAUGUUAAGAUCUACAUAUUGUAUUCUAUCAGUAAUGACUGAUCGUGAUCUUGCUGAAUUAAACGAAUGUCCUUUGGAUCCUGGUGGAUAUUUCAUCAUUAAUGGAUCUGAGAAAGUUUUGAUAGCACAAGAAAAAAUGGCUACAAAUACAGUAUAUGUUUUUAAACAAAAAGAUAGUAAAUAUGCUUAUAAGACAGAAAUUCGAUCAUGUCUUGAGCAUAGUUCACGGCCAGCUAGUACAUUAUGGAUUAAUAUGAUGGCACGUGGUGGUAAAGAUGGCAGUAAACGAGCUACUAUCGGUCAAAGAAUUGUAGCUAUCUUACCAUAUAUUAAACAAGAAAUUCCAGUAUUGAUUGUGUUUCGUGCAUUGGGUUUUGUCGCUGAUCGUGAUAUAUUGGAACAUAUAAUUUAUGAUUUUGACGAUACAGAAAUGCGUGAAAUGAUUAAACCUUCUUUAGAUGAUGCUUUUGUAAUUCAGGAACAAAAAGUUGCACUUAAUUUCAUUGGUUCACGUGGUGCUCGUCCUGGUGUCACAAAAGAAAAACGUAUAAAAUAUGCUAAAGAAAUUUUGCAAAAAGAAACUUUACCACAUGUUGGAGUGUCGGAUUUUUGUGAAACACGUAAAGCUUAUUUCUUAGGCUAUAUGGUGCAUCGUUUAUUGUUGGCUGCGUUAAAACGUCGUGAUGUCGAUGAUCGUGAUCAUUAUGGAAAUAAACGAUUAGAUUUAGCUGGUCCACUUCUUGCUUUCCUAUUUCGUGGAUUAUUUCGAAAUCUUACCAAAGAGAUUCGUUUAUAUGCUCAAAAAUUCAUAGACAAAGGCAAAGAUUUCAAUGUAGAAUUGGCUAUUCGUAGUCAAAUUAUUACAGAUGGUUUAAAAUAUUCACUAGCUACUGGUAAUUGGGGUGAUCAGAAAAAAGCGAAUCAAGCACGUCCAGGUGUUUCACAGGUGCUUAAUCGUUUAACAUUUGCAUCCACGUUAUCACAUUUAAGGCGACUUAAUUCACCGAUUGGAAGAGAUGGAAAAUUAGCAAGACCUAGACAAUUGCAUAACACUUUAUGGGGUAUGAUUUGUCCAGCUGAAACACCUGAAGGUCAUGCUGUGGGAUUAGUGAAAAAUCUCGCUCUAAUGGCUUAUAUAUCUGUUGGAAGUCAACCAUCACCUAUUUUAGAAUUUUUAGAAGAAUGGAGUAUGGAGAAUUUGGAAGAAAUUGCUCCUUCAGCAAUUGGAAAGACUUGUAAAAUAUUUGUCAAUGGUUGUUGGGUCGGUAUACAUAGUUCACCAGAUCAUCUAAUGGGUACUCUACGUAAACUACGUCGUCAAGUUGAUGUCAUUGUCAGUGAAGUCAGUAUGAUACGAGAUUAUCGUGAUCAAGAGAUACGAAUUUAUACAGAUGCUGGUCGUAUAUGUCGUCCAUUGGUAAUUGUUGAAAAAGGCAAACUACUGUUAAAACGUAGUCAUAUUGAACUUUUAAAAGAUAAAGCGUAUAAUCGUUACAGUUGGCAAGAUCUUGUACUCAGUGGUGUAGUUGAAUAUAUUGAUACAUUAGAAGAAGAAACUGUAAUGAUUGCUAUGGGUCCAGCAGAAAUGCAAGCUGCUGUGAAUUAUUGUAAAACACAUACACAUUGUGAAAUUCAUCCAAGUAUGAUAUUAGGUAUAUGCGCUAGUAUUAUACCAUUUCCUGAUCAUAAUCAAUCACCUAGGAAUACAUAUCAAAGUGCUAUGGGUAAACAAGCUAUGGGUGUGUAUAUUAGUAAUUUUCAUACAAGAAUGGAUACAUUAGCUAAUGUAUUAUAUUAUCCACAAAAACCAUUAGUUGCUACACGUUCAAUGGAGUAUUUACGAUUUAGAGAACUUCCAGCAGGUAUUAAUGCAAUUGUUGCAAUAGCCACAUAUACCGGUUAUAAUCAAGAAGAUUCUGUCAUAAUCAAUGAAAGUGCUAUACAACGUGGUUUCUUCCGUUCAGAAUUUUAUCGUACUUAUAAAGAUCAAGAAAUUCGUCAUGGUAUUGCAGAUUUAGAAGAAAUAUUUGAAAAACCAAAUCCACAAAAUUGUCAAGGAAUGCGUCAUGCUAUUUAUGAUAAAUUAGAUGAUGAUGGUUUAAUUGCUCCAGGCACUAGAGUAUCUGGUGAUGAUGUAUUAAUUGGGAAAACAAUCACUUUACCAGAGAAUGAAGAUGAAACAGAAGGUGGUCAACGUAGAUACACUAAACGUGAUGCUAGUGUAUUUAUGCGUCGUAGUGAAUAUGGCAUAGUUGAUCAAGUUAUGGUUACAUGGAAUAAUGAGGGUAAUAAAUUUUGUAAAGUACGUGUACGUACUACAAAAGCACCACAAGUUGGUGAUAAAUUUGCUAGUCGACAUGGACAAAAAGGUACAUGUGGAAUUCGUUAUCGUCAAGAGGAUAUGCCAUUCACGUGUGAAGGAAUUACACCAGAUAUUAUUAUUAAUCCACAUGCUAUACCUAGUCGAAUGACUAUUGGACAUUUAAUUGAAUGUUUACAGGGUAAAGUUAGUGCGAACAAAGGUGAAAUCGGUGAUGCCACACCAUUUAAUGAUGCUGUCAACGUACGUAAAAUUUCAUUACUUUUACAAGAAUAUGGUUAUCAACAUACUGGUAAUGAAAUAAUGUAUAAUGGAUUUACUGGACGUAAAUUAAAUUCACAAAUUUUCUUAGGACCAACUUAUUAUCAACGUUUAAAACAUAUGGUUGAUGAUAAAAUUCAUAGUCGUUCACGUGGUCCAGUACAAAUAUUAAAUCGUCAACCAAUGGAAGGUCGUAGUCGUGAUGGUGGUUUACGUUUAGGUGAAAUGGAACGUGAUUGUCAAAUAGCUCAUGGUGCAGCACAAUUUCUACGUGAACGUUUAUUUUUUGCCAGUGAUCCAUAUCAAGUGUAUGUGUGUAAUUUAUGCGGUCUCAUUGCAAUCGCGCAUCAACGUAAUAAAACUUAUGAAUGUAGAAGUUGUAAAAAUACUACUCAAAUCUCUUUGGUGAAAUUACCUUAUGCUUGUAAAUUAUUAUUCCAAGAAUUAAUGUCUAUGUCAAUUGCACCAAGAAUGAUGGUCACUAGUCCUGCAGCUUAUUAAAUUUGAAGAAUUAGAAAACAACAAUGUUUUAUUUUUCAUUCUAUCAUGUCACUCAUUCUGUUGUUAUUGUUUUGAGGUCUCAGUUUUCCGGUUUGUAAAUAAAUAAAACUUUUUUCUACAUUGUA